AUGCCUCGCGACACUCAAUUAAGUGACUUUGAAAAAGGACAAAUUGUUGGAAUGCAUAAGCUUGGAGCUACAAUGACGUUUAUUGCUACAGUAUUAAAUCGUGAUCGUUCUGCAGUAUCUCGAUUUUUAACUCGAUAUAGAGAAGGAAAUGUUGAAACUGUCAUACGUUCAGGAAGACCAUUAAUGAUGACUAAUAUGGAUAAGCAAAAUCUUAUUGAUGCAACAAUCCAUUACAAUGAUCUGCCGCUUAAAGAAAUUUUAGCUAAUCAUGAUAUUAAUAUCUCACCGUCUUUGGCAAGAAAAAUCUUGCACAAGAAUGGAAUCUGGGGACGUAUAGCCACUAAGAAACCAGGUUUGAGUCCAAAUCAAGCUGAAGCACGACUUGCCUGGUGUAAUGCUCAUGUUAAUUGGAGUACAAAUGAUUGGCAGAAGGUUAUUUUUAGUGAUGAAUCAUCUGUUGAGAUCGGUGGUUGUUCACGAAAAAUGAUUGUAUGGAGAAUGAAAGGUGAUCGAUACAAGUCACAUUUUACAGUACCAACAUUUAGAAGUGGAAGAAGAAGUAUCAUGGUAUGGGGAUAUUUUGCAGGUGAUAAAAAAGGACCAUUGGUUUUUAUGAAGGAAAGAAAUGGCGCGGGAGCAAUUAAUGCUCAAAGAUAUGUUGAGGUAUUAAAAGAUCAUCUGGUACCUUUUCGCCAUGAAUUAAUGGCAAUGUUUGGAGAUGAUAUCAUCUAUCAAGAUGACAACGCACCUAUUCACAGAGCACGAUAUACUCGAGAAUGGAUGAAUAAUGAAAAUAUUAACCGUCUUCCCUGGCCAGCACAAUCACCUGAUUUGAACCCCAUUGAGAAUCUAUGGAAAAUAUUAAAGGAUAACGUUCAACAGUGA